GUAAUUUCACAACCUCGCUGUUUGCUUGUGAGAUGACAUCGGCUCCUGUACCAGUAUAUAAGCAAAGCUCAACACUCAGAGAAACUCAACAACCUCCUCGACUCUGCAAUACAAUCUGCUGAAAUUGUGAAGACUUAAAGAGUGAUCAUCACUGUAAACAUGCUGAAGGUAGCUCUUGUGCUUGGAUGCCUCCUGAGCCUGGUUCUGGCUAAUCCUAUGAACAUGGGGCACAGACGAGUUGCUCGCUCAAGCUCCUCUGAAUCUAGCGAGAACAACAACAACAACAACAACAACAACCAGGCCAUAAACAACCUGUUGAUUCAGCUACUGCUUCAGCUUAUCAACCAGCAAGCCGCCGCUGCAGGUACUACAACUACAGCUGCUCCUGCUACUACAGUGGUCACUUCCCCUGCCGUAAAUACUACAGCGGUUGAAAAAUGAACAAUAAGUGAGAUUGAAAACUUUAUAAGUUUUUGUGUUGUGAAAAAUGUUUUUAAACACCAUUGUUCUACUUCAUUGAAUUGUUUUUAUUCAUUGUAAUAUCUACUAAAUAAACUUCAAUGAAAACAAUA